AUGGUCAGAAGGAACUUUAAAGACAUUACUGUGAUCACUGUAGCACAUAGAUUACAGACUAUUAUGGACUCAAAUAAAGUGAUGGUCUUUGAUAAAGGAAAAUUAAAAGAAAUGGACACUCCACUUAAUUUAAUUAAAGAGAAAGACACACUCUUUCAUGGACUUGUACAACAAUCUGGUUGUGUGGAAGAGUUACGUAGACUUGCUCAUACCAAGAAAAUUAUCAUGUCCUCUUCAACGUCCUCUCUAUCUUCUUCAAGUUCAUCUAAAUCUGACAAAGACAAUUCUGUAUCUUUAAGUCCAAAGAUAAAGGUCAAUUUACUUGCUAAUGAUUCUACUAGAGCUUCACCUAUUCAAUUCCAACACACUUCUGAACGAAACAACUCUGGUGCUCAAUUGUUAUCAAGGCCGAAUGUUGAGAAGUUUACUGAUUCCUCUUCAUCAAUGGAAUGA